AUGGACUUCAUCCUCGAGUCCCGCGUCCCCAAAGGCGGUGGCUCCAGCGGCAGCCGCGGUUCCAGCGGCGGCAGCAAAUCCUCAAAAUCAUCCAAAUCAAAGAGCGGAAAGAACAAGUACAAAGGCGGCGGCCGCGUCGGUGCCGCCGGCGGAGGCGGGGGAGGUGGAGGAGGCGGCGGCUUCAGCGCGCUUCCCCUCUGGGCCCGGAUCCUCAUCAUCGUCCUGGUUGUGUGGUUUGUUCUGUUCCUGGUCUCGCUCGCGUUUUACACGGUCAAAGAACACAAGCGCAAAAAGGAAGGAAAGAAAUUCCGCAUCGGCCACGUCCUCGGCCGCGCCCUCCUCGUCUCCACGGGCCUCUGGAUCCCCUUUACUCUCUACCGAAAAUUCAUCUCCCGGCGCAGGGAAAAGUCCGGAGGAAGUGGCGGCGACGGCGACGAAACCAAGCGCUCCGCUGGCGGCACAUACGCCAAGAUUGAAGAAGGCAGGAGGUCCGAUGACACCGGAAACCGAGACUCUUGGUAUGCCGGAGCCGGAGCCGGCACCCACGACAAUAACAACAACGCGGACAGCAAGUAUGAGCCCAUGGGCUACGCACCCCAUUACCGGUCUCCGUCACCUGCUCCGCCCCCGGCGGCCGGUGCUGCUCCGGCUCCCACCGGCGCGGCGGCCGAGUAUUACAUGCCGCAGCCGCCUUCUCAGACGGCGCCGACUCAGCACCCGCCUCAGUAUAGCUAA